CGAACUUCAUUAAUUGUCGAAUUUUUCUUUCGUUUUUACUGGAUUAUUUUUUAGAAUAGCUUUAAUUAUGGAGAAAAACGAAAUUUCUCCACUCCUUCCUCGUCCCUCUCUAGAAAAUAGUCGUAAUUCCGGUUCAAAAUGCAGCAUUCCUUGUCGUUAUUCUUUAGCUAUUAUGAUUUCUUUAGGGUUUUGUACUGUGUAUGGUAUGAGAGUGAAUCUAAGUGUUGCUCUUGUGGCGAUGGUUAAUUCUACUGAUAACAGUAUUAAUACCGAUUUUCAUAACCCUGAAUGUCAAGGAGAAGGUGGGUGUAACAAAACGGUGACAAGAACAGCUCGUAAGCAUGAAGAGUUCAACUGGGAUGAAAAAACACAGGGUAUAAUUCUUGGAUCAUUUUUCUAUGGUUACAUAGUAACACAAUUACCUGGUGGAUGGUUGGCAUCAAGAUAUGGUGGCAAGCAUUUGUUUGGUCUGGGAGUCCUGUGUACUUCUGUAUUUACACUGUUGACACCUAUAGCUGCACAUCACAGCCUUGGUAGCUUGAUUGCACUGAGAGUACUGGAAGGAAUUGGAGAGGGAGUGACAUUUCCAGCCACAAUAGAAAUGUGGAGCAGUUGGGCCCCUCCUCUAGAAAGAAGUAGACUUACAGCCAUUUCCUUUGCUGGAUGCGGAAUAGGAAACAUCAUAACACAGCCAAUAGCAGGCUGGCUUUGUGACACAUAUUUUCUUGCGGGAUGGCCUUCUGUCUUUUAUAUAUUUGGUGCGUUGGGUAUUUUAUGGUAUAUUGCAUGGCUAUUCUUGGUCUACGACAAACCUGCCAGUCACCCCAGAAUAUCAGAGGAAGAGAAAGAGUACAUCUUGUCAUCUAUCGGGACGUCACAAGAUAAGACUCUAAAGAAUCAUUCCGUCCCAUGGUUAGCUAUUUUUACAUCUCCUGCAGUCUACGCCGUGGUGAUGGGUUACGUCUGCGCUAACUGGGCAUUUUAUGUUUUACUGACCGGCCUACCCACCUACUUUAGAGACGCUCUUCAUGUCAAAAUUUUGGAAGAUGGUUUCAUAUCGUCGAUACCAUAUAUAACAAGUGUAGUACUUCAACUUGUGGCUGCUACUUUAGGUGACUGGUUAUUGUCCACUGGAAGCAGGAAAGUAGAUGUACGAAAAGCAUCUACAACUUGUUCUCUCAUAGUUCCUGCUUGUCUCCUGAUAUCUGUCAGCUACGUUGGAAGCGAUGACAAGGUCUUGAUUGUUGUAUUGUUAUCGCUCACAUUAGGGUUUGGCGCAUUCUCGUCGGCGGGGUUUGGUGUCAAUCACCUUGAUAUUGCACCUCGCUAUGCAGGAAUAAUCAUAGGAUUUGCCAAUAGUCUUGGUACGAUACCGGGGUUUGUUGCACCUUUUGUUACUGGUUGGUUAACUAAUGGAGAGCCAACUCGUCGUCAAUGGCAAAAGGUGUUCUACAUUGCAGCUAUAAUCAACAUUAUUGGUGCGACAGGGUUUGCAAUUCUUGCUAAAGGUGAAGAACAGCCAUGGAACACAGCCAAUGAUGAAAACCCGCUACCAGUGGAAGUUGAGCAAGAACAGGACAAUCCAGGCCUUGCUGCAGAUGAAGGUUACAAUGGCAGUCGAACCUCGAAUAAUACUAGUAUAAACACAGUAUAGCCUGACCUUAUAGAUAGAUUACAAGCUUGAAUAAAUUAUUAAUAAAACGUUAGACGUCUAAUUAGCUUUAGACGUCUAACGGUUACGCCUCGUGCGACUCUUACGCUUCCUUCGUGCUUAGUAAUAAUGAUAUAAUUAUGAUUUAUAUAGCGCUAAUAUCCCCAUGGUUCAACGGCGCUUUACAAAAAGAUCUGAUAAAAAAAUAUUAGAAAUAUAACUAUAUAGGCAUUUAGUUGUGAAUUAGUGGUGUACAUUAAAAUCUUUAAACAACUUUUAUAAAUACAUACAUAUUUAAUAGACAUUUUUUACAUAAAAAAUAACUUUCAACAUUUUAAUUGGCUUUUAUACGUGAUAAUAAUUAUUAAAGUUUGUUGAAAAGUAAAAACAUAGAUAUCUGAAUAAAACUACUAAUAAAAUGCUUAUUGAAAAAGUCAGGUUUUGACCCUUUGCUUGAACUGUGAUAUUGAAACGGGGAUCUUAUUUUUCUGUGGUAGAUUGUUCCAUAGUUCAGGGGCCACAGUAGAGAAGACUCUUCUACCAUACUGUUUCAGGUUGUAAGAUUGCUUUACUAAAAGAUUCUGAGACAUUGAUCGUAAGGAACGCGAUGGAACAUAAUUAACCAACAAGUCACAUAAGUACGAGGAAGUACAAUGUAAAUGAAUGAAUGUAACGUGUUCAUAAGUUAUGAUGAAAUAA